CGCCUUCCCGGCAGGCCCUGCGCGACGCCUGCGCGCUCGCUGACCUUCCCGAGUCGUUGACGGCCGGAAUCCAGGUCCUGCGGCGAAAUGCUUCAAAGCAUUAUUAAAAACGUCUGGAAUCCCAUGAAGCCCUACUAUACCCAAGUCUACCAGGAGAUCUGGGUAGGAAUGGGACUGAUGAGCCUCAUCGUUUAUAAAAUCAGGAGUGCCGACAAAAGAAGUAAAGCUUUGAAAGGUUCAAGCCCCUCGUCUGGUCACGGUCAUCACUAGCCAGCUCUCCUGGAGCGCACACGAGAGGGCACAUCGGCCUGCCUGUGAAUUGGAGCUCUGCUGGACCUGUCCGCGCCCUUCACCUCGGGGCGUGAAUAAAUGUCUGCAAUGCA